CCAGAGGUCUGCCGUUUACCGACCGUACGGAUCCCUCCGAGUUACAUCAGCGGUUCCUUUCCCACACGUGCUUGGUGCGGUGAACGUCGCAUCUCCUCCUCUAAGAAAAUGUUGUCCAAAGCAAGGUUUUUGGCUACAAAUUUGUGCGCCAUUAAUGGAAGAAAGAACAUAUCCCAAAUACUUCAGCAGGGAUCUGUACAAGGAAUCCUCUCCCAGAAAGAUGUCUUCAGUGUUCAGUCAAGACAAAAGUCAGAUGGUGUCAAGGGUGCUGUCAUUGGUAUUGAUUUAGGCACAACAAAUUCAUGUGUUGCGGUUAUGGAAGGAAAAGCCGCCAAAGUUAUUACCAAUGCUGAGGGGGAUCGUACAACACCAUCAGUAGUUGCAUUCACUAAAGAUGGAGAACGCCUUGUUGGUAUUCAGGCCAAAAGGCAAGCUGUCACUAAUGCAGGGAACACAUUUUAUGCCACAAAACGACUGAUUGGUAGGCGAUAUGAUGAUGCAGAAAUAAAAAAGGACAGGGAAACUGUGGCGUACAAAAUCGUUAAGGCUAGUAAUGGUGAUGCUUGGGUCGAGGCAAGUGAUGGCAAAGUAUAUUCUCCAUCACAGGUUGGAGCCUUUAUCCUUGGUAAAAUGAAAGAGACUGCUGAAGCUUAUGUUGGCACUUCAGUGAAAAAUGCUGUUGUUACCGUCCCUGCAUACUUCAAUGAUUCUCAGAGACAGGCUACAAAGGAUGCUGGUCAGAUAUCUGGUUUGAAUGUUCUGAGAGUAAUAAAUGAGCCAACAGCUGCUGCAUUAGCAUAUGGCAUGGAUAAAACGGAAAGAUAAAGUGUAACUGUGUAUGACUUGGGUGGCGGUACUUUUGAUAUAUCCAUCCUGGAAAUACAGAAGGGUGUAUUUGAAGUCAAGUCCACAAAUGGUGAUACUUUUCUUGGAGGUGAAGACUUUGACAAUCAUCUAGUCAACUUUUUAGCAGGAGAAUUCAGGAAAGAGCAAGGUGUGGAUGUUACCAAGGACAACAUGGCAAUGCAACGAUUGAAGGAGGCAGCUGAAAAGGCAAAGAUUGAAUUAUCAUCAUCUACACAGACUGAUAUCAAUUUACCUUAUUUAACAAUGGAUGCCUCUGGGCCCAAACAUAUGAUGUAUAAGCUCACACGUUCGAAGUUUGAAGGUAUCUGUGAAAAACUAAUCAGACGAACAGUGGACCCCUGCAUUAAGGCCCUGAAAGAUGCUGAGUGUUCUAAGUCUGAUAUUGGUGAUGUUAUCCUUGUUGGUGGAAUGACUCGUAUGCCAAAAGUGGUGUCAACUGUGCAUGAAAUAUUUGGUCGCACUCCCAGUAAGUCUGUAAAUCCUGAUGAAGCUGUAGCAGUGGGGGCAGCAAUUCAAGGCGGUGUACUUGCUGGUGAUAUAACAGAUGUUCUACUCUUGGAUGUCACACCACUUUCUCUUGGAAUUGAGACACUGGGUGGUGUUAUGACAAAGCUUAUUAGCAGAAACACAACUAUUCCUACUCGUAAAUCACAGGUAUUUUCAACAGCAGCAGAUGGUCAGACCCAAGUAGAAAUUAAGGUGCACCAGGGUGAACGAGAAAUGGCAGCAGACAACAAACUACUUGGUCAGUUCAGUCUGGUUGGAAUCCCGCCUGCUCCCCGUGGUGUCCCACAGAUUGAAGUCACUUUUGACAUUGAUGCUAAUGGCAUUGUACAUGUUUCAGCUAGGGAUAAGGGCACUGGAAAGGAACAGCAAAUUGUCAUUCAGUCUUCGGGAGGAUUAAGCAAAGAAGAAAUUGAGAAUAUGGUCAAGAAAGCUGAACAGUAUGCAGAAGAAGAUAAGAAACGCAAGGAGGUUGUUGAGGCUAUUAACCAAGGGGAGAGCAUCAUUCAUGACACUGAAAGUAAAAUGGAGGAGUUCAAAGACCAACUGCCUGCUGAAGAGAGUGAGAAACUAAAAGAGAAGCUGGCUCAAGUCAAGGAACUACUUGCCAACAAGGACAGCACAGAACCUGAGGAAAUCAAGAAACAAGUUGGUGAUUUACAACAAGCAUCUCUGAAAUUGUUUGAAAUGGCUUAUAAGAAGAUGGCAUCCGAAAGAGAAUCUAGUUCCUCUGGAGAAAAAGACAAAAAGGAAGGGGAGGGCCAGCAGUGAGUUGGUUUUAAGUGUUAAUGUAUAAAUGGUAUAGGUAUGUAAUGGCAGUCCUUAGUUUUUUUUUUAUUUAUUUUUAUUUUAUUUAUUAUUAUAUAUAUAUAUAUCUAUCCAAGGAAGUAUAUUUGCUAAUAAUAUUGAAUGAAUGGUUAACUAUUAUGCUAGAGAUAUGAGAGCAUGUUUUAUUAAUGCAAUGUUCAUGUAUAGUUUGUAUCAUUGGCUAAAUUGAUUAUAGAUAGUGGUUACCAUGUAUGAAUGAGUUUUUCUUUUUUGUAUAGAAGAAUAAUUAAGUAGUACUGAUGUAAAUAUAUAUAUAUAAAUAUUUUUUCCAUAUGUAAAUUCAAAUAUUCCGACAUAGACGUCUAUGUAUUAAGUUAAGGUUUGGUUUGAACAUUUUGUAAAAAAUGAAGUGUAAAUAUCGUUAACAAUAAAAUUGUUUUUUAUUA